AGGGACCAAGGCCGAGAGCCGCCUAAUUACGCCAGUCACACUCGGAGAAGCGCUAACGGGACAGCGGUUCAGGCCAAUCGCAGUCGGGCCUGCGGAGGCAGCGAGACUAGGGUGGAGACUUCGGAGACUGCAGUUGCAGGUUGUCUUCUCCAGAAAUGGUCUUCCCCCAGUCAGUUCACCUUGAUUCUGGACUGGUCAGCAGGCAGCAUCCUUGGUCAGGUGGGGCUUGCUGACAGGGUCUCUGUUUGGGCAAGGCUGCUGCCUGAGCUCUGAGGUCAGGCUGGGUGCCUCUGGCUGGUGGGUUCCUGCCUACACGAAGCUGUGGGAUGCACUCUGCAGGAAUUCUCUGGCUAAACUUCCAACUCAAUUCUAAGAACAAAAGGAAUUGGCUAUGGAUAAUUCAUAUCAUUUCAAUCAACGACACUCACGUAACGGACUUCCACCUGAGAAGAAAAACAACUUCCUUGUAUCUGAAGAUCAUGGACAGAAAAUCUUAAGUGUACUGCAGAAUUUUAGAGAACAAAAUGUCUUUUAUGAUUUCGAAAUAAUCAUGAAAGAUGAAAUAAUCCCAUGUCAUCGCUGUGUCUUAGCAGCGUGCAGUGACUUUUUCAGGGCUAUGUUUGAAGUAAACAUGAGAGAGAGAGACGGUGGGAGUGUCACCAUCACAAAUCUGUCCUCCAAAGCUGUGAAGGCAUUCCUUGACUACGCCUAUACUGGGAAAACACAGAUAACAGAUGAGAAUGUGGAAAUGUUCUUCCAGUUGUCCUCAUUUCUUCAAGUCUCCUUCCUGGCCAAAGCUUGCAGUGACUUUUUAAUAAAAAGCAUUAACCUUGUCAACUGUCUACAGUUACUAUCUAUAUCAGACAGCUAUGGCUCCCCUCGCUUGUUCGAUCACGCCCUCUACUUUGUACAGAACCACUUUUCCUUGCUAUUUAAAUCCAGUGAUUUCUUAGAGAUGAAUUUUGGAGUCCUGCAAAAAUGUCUGGAAUCAGAUGACUUAAAUGUCCCCGAGGAAGAAACCGUCCUGAAGGUUGUCCUUAGUUGGACCAAACAUAACCUAGAAUCAAGGCAAAAGCAUCUGCCUUAUUUGAUUAAAAAAGUCCGAUUACAUCAGUUAUCUGAGGAGACGCUUCGAGACUGUCUGCUCAACGAGGAGUGUUUACUCAAAAGCACGAACUGUUUUGACAUGGUCAUGGAUGCCAUGAAGUGUGUGCAAGGUUCUGGCGGACUCUUCCCUGACGCUCGGCCAUCCACCACCGAGAAAUACAUCUUUGUGCACAAAACCGAGGAAAACGGAGGCAACCAAUACACAUUUUGCUACAACAUCAACAGUGACUCGUGGAAAGUACUGCCACAGUCACACCUGAUCGAUCUGCCAGGGUCUAGUCUGUCUAGUUACGGAGAGAAGAUAUUCCUCACCGGGGGCUGCAAGGGGCCGUGCUGCAGAACCGUGCGGCUUCACAUCGCAGAGUCCUACCACGACGCGACCGACCAAACCUGGUGCUACUGUCCGGUUAAAAACGAUUUCUUCCUGGUAUCAACUAUGAAGACCCCGAGAACCAUGCAUACGUCAGUUCUGGCUCUCGACAGGUUAUUUGUCAUAGGUGGAAAGACCAGAGGGUCUCAGGACAUUAAAAGUCUCUUAGACGUUGAGUCUUACAACCCUCUUUCCAGAGAAUGGAUGUCUGUUAGCCCCUUACCCAGGGGCAUAUUUUACCCCGAAGCCAGCGCAUGCCAGAAUGUCAUCUAUGUCCUUGGGUCGGAGGUAGAGAUUACAGAUGCCUUUAACCCGUCCCUCGACUGCUUUUUUAAAUACAACGCGACCACUGACCAGUGGUCUGAACUAGUAGCAGAGUUCGGGCAGUUUUUUCAUGCAACGCUGAUCAAAGCUGUCCCAGUAAACUGCACACUGUACAUAUGUGACCUUUCCACCUACAAGGUGUAUAGUUUUUGUCCAGAUACUUGCGUCUGGAAGGGGGAAGGCUCUUUUGAGUGUGCGGGCUUCAACGCAGGCGCGGUUGGGAUUGAAGAUAAAAUUUACAUCUUGGGUGGCGAUUACGCCCCGGAUGAAAUCACAGAUGAAGUCCAAGUCUACCACAGCAGCAGGUCGGAGUGGGAGGAAGUCGCUCCGAUGCCAAGAGCCUUAACGGAAUUUUACUGUCAGGUGAUUCAGUUCAAUAAAUACAGAGACCCAUGGUUUUCUAACCAUUUCUGAAAGGAGCAUGUGCUUAGACAUUCUAAAACUAUUCCAGUUGUAGAAACCUACCGUAAAUCUGCUAACCGUAAUAGUUGGUAACAAGGCCUUUACCUCUUAGUAAAAUAAAAUGUACCGUCUGUUAGAGAAUCACUAUGAAUGGAAGCAUAUAUGACUUAGCAGUUGCCAGAAACUUCAAAGACAAAAUACAUUCACCAAACAUUAUACUGAAUAUCACUGAAUCUUGGAGAAUCCAGAACACUUAGUAUUCUCAUCUGUAAAUAAAACUCGUAGGCGUUGCUGUCUUGA